AAACAACUGAUCUUGAUAUGUGUUGCUGUCGGACUUGUCGCCCUGAUCAUCGUCAUUACUGUCACAGCUGUGGUGCUCACUAAAAAGUCAGAUUCUCCAGCUUUUCUACCCUCAUUUUCUACUGGUAAAGACAUGUUGGACUUCCUGGUCGAGAUUGGUGAGAUCAGCAAACCUGACGGUCUGUUGGCUACCUGGGUUCACGGCGCCAAUAGCAAGGAGGAUAUGAACAAAGCUCUCGCAAGUGAUGUUAUGAUCCUGGAAUCUGAUGUCACUCUGGAAGGUUAUGGAACGCCCAAUGUGACGCAAAUUCCGAUCAUGGCCCACCCUCCUGACAUCUAUAGUGACAACACUCUGGACGAUUGGUUGGAUGCUGUGCUGGCCUCUAGAAAAUGCAUGAAGUUGGAUUUUAAGGCUCUGGAAUCGGUGGGUUUGUCAUUGGACCUGCUCAGUCAAAAGAACAGUAGCAGAGGAAUAAACAGGCCUGUGUGGCUUAAUGCAGACAUCGUCCAAGGUCCCAACUUACCAGACUUUGUACCUGUAAUCAAUGGAACCAGAUUUCUGCAGUUAGUUCAGGAGAAGUUUCCACAUGUGACUUUGUCUCCUGGAUGGAAGGUACUCUAUGUUCCUCAACUUUUCACUAAAACAUACACCAGGCCCAUGAUGGAAGAAAUGUAUAAGAUGAUCAAAGACUUCCCCCAGAAGGUGACAUUCCCAAUCUACACCGUGUUGGCUCGCGAUGGCUGGCAGCACAUCAACUGGCUCCUCAGCCAGUCAGCACGGUUCAGUCUGACAUUGUGGCAGGAUUCUUUUGUUCCAAAAAUCGAUGACCUGCUGUUCAUCCGUGACAACACCCAACCUGCCAGAGUCUACUAUGAUAUAUAUGAACCACUGCUGUCUGAAUUUAAACAGGCUGUAGGCGAGCAGGGCCGUCUGAGGAGAUUCUAUCCUGGAGGAGACCUGAUGGACUUCCUGUAUCCAUUUCACAACCCAGACGCCGACUUCCAGUCCACAGUCACACAACGCAACAGCCUGGCAGUCCGAUGGUUUACAGUCACUGACCGGGCCUCUCUGUUGACUCAGCUUUCAGAUGGUGCUGGUGGUAUGUUGGUGGCUCGGGUGGCUUCUGACAGCAACCAGCCUGGAGUACCUCUAGUGGAAGGUUCUGGAAAGAGCUCAGAGGCCCUCACACUGCAGGACAUCCUGCAGCUGCUUGGGCAGAGAGCUGGGGUCCCCUGGGGUCUUCACCUGCGGAUUCACACUCAGCAGCUUCUGGAAGCUUCUCUUAAACUGCUGCACUCAGCCUACAGCAGAGAUGAGCUCUACAGGCCCGUCUGGAUCAGCAUGGAGGGUUUACAGAGCACUGACGACACAAAGGAGUUUGUGUCCGCAGUAGAGAGGCUGUUCCCUUACGUCACCCUCGUCCUGACAGAGCAGAACUGGCCUCCCCUGAUCCCAGCAACAGUGGCAGGUUUGUCUCAGAGGGUGGCUCUAUAUCUGAACACGGCAUCGCUGCCACAAGGACAGGAGGCGCUGAACUCUCUGCUUAAAAUGAUGGACAGAUAUGACCUCAUAGUGGAGGAGGACACAAAAAGCAGUGCUGGAGCUUUGUCACUCCUCAAAGGACUUAUGACCCAGCGUACAGGGAAAACAAACACAAACCUGUAUGUGAUAUCUCAUCAGUCACUUAUAUCAAGCUAA